UGUCUCUCUGUGUGAAGUAUAGCACUUUACUCGAUCAAACCAUUUGAAGAUGUCUGCUCCUGUCUUCCUCGGUGUCAUUGGCGUCGGCGGCGUCGGCACUGCCUUCCUGAACCAGCUCGCCCGUCUCCCCAACGCCCCCAAGCUCAUCCUCCUCGCCCGCUCCACCCAAACCCUCCUCUCCCCGACCCCCGCCUACAGCCCCAGCAUCCCCGCCGCGGAAUGGAAGACCGCCAGCGCAACCCCCUCCCUGACCAAGUCCGGCGCCCUCUCCGCUGAAGAAAUCGCCAACUACCUCUCCUCGGCGCCCGGCCGCUCCAUCCUCGUCGACAACACCAGCGACCCCGCCCUCGCCGCCUCCUACCCCGUCUUCCUCCGCAAGGGCAUCUCCAUCGUCACCCCCAACAAGAAGGGUUUCUCCUCCGACCUGUCCCUCUGGAAGGACAUCUUCGCUUCCGCGGCCCAGGGCAACGCCCUCGUCUACCACGAGAGUACCGUCGGCGCUGGUCUGCCUGUUAUCUCUACGCUGCGGGAUCUGGUUGCCACCGGCGACGAGGUGACGCGCAUCGAGGGUGUGUUUUCGGGCACGCUUUCUUUCUUGUUCAACACCUUUGCGCCCGUUGGUGGUGCUGGUGCGGGACGGAAGUGGAGUGAGGUUGUGGCUGAGGCCAAGGAGUUGGGAUACACUGAGCCUGACCCGAGAGAUGAUCUCAACGGUAUGGAUGUUGCCAGGAAGUUGACUAUCCUGGCGCGUAUUGCUGGGUUGGAGGUCCAGGCUCCGGAUGCGUUCCCUGUUGAGUCGCUGAUUCCGGAGGAGUUGAGGGGAUUGGAUGGCUCCGCGGAGGGUGUCAAGACUUUCAUGCAGAGGUUGGGUGAGUUUGAUGGCCAGAUGACGGAGAUCAAGGAGAGUGCCGAGAAGGAGGGUAAGGUUGUGAGGUAUGUGGGUAGUGUGGAUGUUGAGAAGAAGGAGGUGCGUGUUGGAUUGCAGCGCUUCGAUAAGGAUAGUGCUAUUGCUGGCCUCAAGGGCAGUGAUAACAUCAUUAGCUUCUAUACUAAGCGGUAUGGAAGCAACCCGCUUAUUGUCCAGGGUGCCGGUGCCGGUGGUGAUGUUACUGCUAUGGGCGUCUCGGCCGAUUUGAUCAAGGUUGUGCAGAGACUGCAGUAGACCUUUCAUUUCUCUAAUGAUAGAUUGAUCUAGAGGGUAAAAUAGGUUUAUUUCCCCACAAAAU